AUCUGCCAUCUCGGCCCACAUCUGCCAUCUCGACCCACAUCUGCCAUCUCGGCCCACAUCAGCCGAUAUGACUGAUCAUGUCGACAUCAAAGCAUACGGCGGCGCUCCACACGCCGAGAGGGCAAUCUCUCAAGUAGAAGAUGCCUCCAAUCUUGACGAGAAAGCGCAAAUCAAGCAGUACAAGGAUGCUGCAAUAGAGGCAGAGAAUGUAGAGCAUAACAUGGGAGUGCUAGAGGCUGUUCAGGCAUACCCUAUGGCUGCUUUGUGGGCGUUUGUCAUGUCUUGCACUAUUAUUAUGGAGGCCUAUUGUGUCUUCCUAAUGGGUAAUUUCAUUGCCCUACCCGCGUUCGCGGACAGAUACGGUGUUUAUGAUGCCGCGAAGGACGAGCAUGUUAUCGUGGCCAGUUGGCAGUCUGCGCUUCAAAUGGGUGGGCCUCUUGGUGCAAUCAUCGGCGUCUGUCUGGCUGGCCCUCUUACCAGCCGUAUCGGAUACCGUUGGGCGACCAUAUCCGGCCUCAUGUGCUUGAACGCGUUUAUCUUUGUGUUCUACUUUGCCAAUUCGCUUCCGAUCAUGUUCGUCUCCCAGCUUCUCGAGGGCAUUCCAUGGGGCAUCUUCAUUGCCAACGCGCCAGCAUACUGCAGCGAGAUCACACCAAUCCAGCUGCGAGCCCCUGCUACCCAGAUGCUGCAAAUGUUUUGGGCCAUCGGCGCUAUUAUCGUAGGUGGCGUCACCUAUAACUACAACUCUGACCCUGGAGAAAGCGCGUUUAGAGUUCCUAUUGCGCUUCAAUGGUUAUUCCCAACCCCUCUCGCUAUUCUCCUCUGGAUGGCGCCCGAGUCUCCCUGGUGGCUGGUUCGAAAGGGACGUCUCGAAGAAGCAGAACGUUCGGUUGGGCGCCUGGGACGCAAAUCGAGGCUGAACCUCAGCGAGGCUGUCGCUAUGAUGCGCCGUACCAUUGAGCUCGAGAAAUCAGUCAAGGAGCCCAAUCACCUGGAAUUGUUCAAAGGCACUGACCUCUACCGGACCCUCAUUGUGUGUGGUGUAUACGCGGCACAGAACCUUACGGGGAACCUCAUCGCCAAUCAAGCUGUCUAUUUCUUCAAACAGGCUGGCAUGUCAACAAACACUGCAUUCGCUAUGGGUCUUAUCACCUCAGGCCUCCAGUGGGUCUUCGUUAUGCUCUCCUGGAUACUCACUUCAUAUCUUGGCCGGCGCACAAUCUACGUCUGGGGCUCUCUCAUUAACGUAGGCUUCCUAAUCGCCCUUGGUAUUGCAGGCUCUGUUGGCGCCUCGAACGCAGCCUCCCUGGCGCAGGCGUCCCUGGGCCUGAUUGUCUCCGUCCUGUUCACCUUGGGACCUGCACCCGCUUCGUGGGUCAUCAUUGGAGAGACGUCUGCCAUUCGUCUUAGGCCUCUGACAACGGGAAUUGGACGCGCUUCAUACUACAUCGUGAACAUUCCUUGCAUCUUCCUCGCAAGUUAUAUGCUCAACCCUACAGAGGCAAACCUCGGCGGCAAGUGCGGCUACGUCUGGGGUGGUACUGGUUUUGUUUGCUUCGUCUUGGCAUACUUCUUCUUGCCUGAGAUGAAGGGUCGAUCUUAUCGCGAGAUUGACAUCAUGUUCAAGCGUAAAAUCCCUGCUCGCCAAUGGUCGAAGACUGUCAUCGAUAUGCAAGACGACGAGUAGAUGGAAACAUGGCCAAGAAGGCUGAGGCAUGAAGUGAACAGGGGCAAAGCAUUAAUGAGUGCUUGAUAUCGUGUGUAGAUUAGAG